CACAAAUCAGUUAUGCUUCAACAAGCACUGAAUUGUCAGAUAAAACCAGAUUCGAGUACUUCAGCAGAGUUGUGCCUCCAGACAAUUUCCAGGCACAAGCUAUGGUUGAAAUUGUAAAGGAACUUGGCUGGAAGUACGUGUCCACAGUAGCAGUGGAAGGAGACUAUGGUGAACGUGGUAUUGCUUCCUUCUUAUCACAUUCAUCAGAAGCCAAUAUCUGCAUAGCUGUUACCGAAAAAAUCCAAAGAAACUCUAGUCCAAAAGACUUCGACAGAAUCAUCGAGAAACUAUUACAGAAACAAGCCAGAGCUGUUAUACUCUUCGUUGAUGAAGACAACACUCGAAAACUCCUUCGAGCUACAAUUCGAGCAAACAAAGCUGGCUAUUUCCUAUGGAUAGGAAGCGAUUCCUGGGGCGCGAAAGUUCAUCCCGUGAGAGAUCAAGAAUGGGCAGCCGAAGGAGCAAUUACGAUUCUCCCACAUCGCAAUGCAAUAAAAGAAUUUGACGACUACUUCCUAUCUUUGAGACCCAGAGUGGAUUCAGAUGUUUUCUGCAACAGCACAUCCGAAUAUAAUCUUCAACAUAAGCAUAAUUCCAGCCUUCUCAUCAACUGCAGAAAUUCUUGGUUCAGGGAGUUUUGGAGUCAACAUAAUAACUGUAGUUUCGGCAAUUCCGGACCUAGAAAAUGUACUGGACACGAGAGCCUAGGCGACUAUGAACAAGAAGGCUUGGUUCCUUUUGUUGUUGACGCUGUUUACGCAGCUGCCCAUGCUGUGCACCAAAUCAUAGUCGACCAGUGUGGAGAGCCUUUUCAUCUUUGUGAUAAAUUGAAGCCUGCCCCCACUGGACGUCAACUCCUCAAUUAUUUAAGAGAUGUUUCCUUUGUCGGACGCCAAAGAACCGAAGUAAAAUUCAACAAAGAUGGAGAUGCCUUUGGUCACUAUAGUAUAUAUCAAUACCAAAAAAAUGAAGAUGGCAGAUAUGAUUAUAAGCCAGUUGGUUCAUGGAAAGAGAAAUUAUUUUUGAAUUUGAAUGCAAUGUUAUGGAAGAACUCUAAGGAGAUACCGAGAGUGAUUUGUAGUGAGGAUUGUCCUUCUGGAAGUAUUCGCAAUUUUCAGGAUCAAUGCUGCUGGGUUUGUGUGACAUGCAGAGAAAAUUCAUACGUCUACAACGACACCUGCAAGGCUUGCAAGCCAGGCUGGGCUCCUAAUGCAAAUAUCGAUGGUUGUGAUAAGCUCGAAGCUCAAGUUAUAGAUUGGUUGAGUCCAUGGGCCAUGGUACCUCUAAUUUUCAGCUCUUUUGGUAUAUUAUGUACCCUUUUCGCUACUAUCGUAUUCAUGCUUUACAACAGAACACCCGUGAUUAUGGCAUCAGGAAGAGAGCUCUGCUAUGUUCUGCUAAGUGGUAUUCUAUGUUGCUACUUAAUGUCAUUCGUUAUUUUAGCUGAACCUACCGUGGAAACUUGUGCUAUAAUGAGAGUGGGCUUAGGGCUAUGCUUAAGCAUUUGUUACAGUGCUAUCUUCACCAAGACCAAUAGAAUCUCCCGCAUCUUCAAUAGGGGUGUUAAGAGUAUCAACAGACCUUUGUACACUUCACCAGUAUCACAGGUUACUAUUGCUAUAGGUAUCGUUGCGGUCCAACUGAUUGGAACAAUAGUUUGGCUGAUAAUAGAGAGGCCAGACGUGAGCGAAAUUCACCCACACCCACUAACAGCUGUGUUGACCUGUCGCGUAUCCACAUUCUCUCUAAUAAUGUCAUUGGUUUAUAACAUGAUUCUGAUAUUGUUGUGCACUGUCUAUGCCUUCAAGACAAGAAAAAUACCGGAAAACUUUAAUGAAGCUAAAUACAUUGGAUUCACUAUGUACUCAACAUGCAUUGUCUGGCUGGCUUUCGUACCUAUUUACUUCGGCACAAAUAAUGAUUAUAAGGUCCAGAUCGUAAGUAUGUGUAUGUGCUUGAAUAUAAGUGCAUCGGUAGCCCUGGGAUGUCUGUUCACCCCAAAGGUAUAUCUCGUUCUAUUCCAACCAUAUAAAAAUGUGAGGCAACCUGCAGGAAAUGGCAACCAAGGACAAGGAGGACAAGGAGGACAGGCAUACGUUAUGCGUUUUGCAGCACCAAGGUCACAUACGAUGCAUUCUAUGACCGAGAACUCGAGAUCUUCUCCCAAACAUUCCAGAAAUUCGAAUGGGGAGGACAUUCCCCUGCCCAGCCCGAGUGUAGAGGAGAGUUCGCUGAGUUAAGCAUCAAUCUUUUUCUUUUCUCACUUCGCUUAGCAGAAAAAAAAUUUGUAUACAAGUUAUCCUUGUUUCGUUAUUGGUUAUCUGGAUGUUUAACAUUAAGUGACUUUGCUGGUGAAAAAAUACCCAUGUCAACAAUAUCAAGUUCGCCAUUGACUGAUAUAGGCACCUAACUAUAAUCAUGACAUGAUCCGUAACAUCAUUAUAUGGACUGAUAUAAAACCUUACCUUCGUCUAAAAAAAAAUACUAUAAGGCUGAUUAGAUAUCUACAAUCGUGAUCAUGGAUUAUGGCAUGAUUAAUUCUAUAUCUAUAAAUAUUUAUAUAAUAUCUAUAUAUAUUUAUAUAAUAUCUAUAUAUAUAUAUAUAUAUAGAUAUAUCAACUUAGUAUAGUUAUAUUAUCAAUUAUAUUUUCAAUGAUUUAUACAACAAUCAUAUUUGAUUGUUCUAUUUAUAUAUAAAUUCAACACAGGGCCACCGCCAGACAUUUUGACAUUUAUUAUUUUACUAAAUUUCCGGUUUGCCGAUCCUGACGGCGGCCCUUAUUCAACAAAACUGACCUCUAACUGAUCAUGUAAUGAUACAUUUUGUAUAAAAUUUUUCAAUAACUGAUCUUAUAUUACCUAACUGGUCUUAACAUGAUUUGAAUAACAUCAAUAAAAAUGUUACAAGAAAUCAUACAAGGGCGUAGAAAUGGGGGGGUAAUUACUAUUUUCGCUUUCUCAGCCUCUUAUUUGCCAUCUGUUAUUUUUGCAUCCGUCAUCGGUAUGCACUUACCCGUUGUUUUCGGUUUUUUGUAUUAUUCUCGUCAAGAAAUAUCAAUAGUGUAGUUAUCAAAGAAAUGAACUGAGUAAUUCGCAAUGUGUUGUACCAUU